AUGAACUUUCUCUCGUCGCUCUCGUCGGCCGUCCUCUCGGCGUCGAGCGCCGCGCUCCACUCGGCUCAGGGCGGCGUCCCCGGCGUCCCCGCGUACGCCCUGGGCGACAGGGUCACCGCCUUUGACGGCAAGGCCAUCUGGACCGUGUGGAACGGCACCAAAAAGGACGACCAGUCGCCCGUCUCAGUCUUCUCGUUCGACCUCUCGUCGCCCUCGCACGUCUCGGCGCACGACCGCCGCGCCCUGUUCCCGCUCGCGCGCACCGCGUUCCGCAAACUGCGCGCCCUGCGCCACCCGAACGUCCUCAAGUUCCUCGACGGCGCCGAGACCGAGUCGAGCGUGUGGUUCGUCACCGAGCCCGUCACGAGCCUCGCGCUCGACCUCGACGACGCCGCAGCGUCCGACGAGAGCAAGGUGUACGGCCUCUUGCACGUGUGCACCGCGCUCGCGUUCCUCAACCGCGACGGCCAGAGCGUCCACGGCGGCCUGAGGACGACGAGCGUCUGGGUCACGCCCGGCGGCGAGUGGAAGCUGGGCGGCAUGGAGGUCGUCACAAAGCUCGACGAGGCAGACGGGGCAAUGUGGAGCUACGGUGGCCUCGUGCCCGACUCGCAGACGCACGCGAGCCCCGAGGUGCGCAAGGGCGGCUGGACCGCCCUGAAGCAGUGCGACCCUUCGGCCCUCGACUCGUACCUCCUCCACCUGUUCCUCUUCACCAUCUUCAACGGGCCCCUCCCCUCGUCUUACCUCUCGCCCUCGUCCGACAUCCCGUCGCUUCCGCAAACCCGCGGCUCGAUCCCGCCGGCGCUCUUCCAGCCGUGGCGCCGCCUCGGCAACCCGAACCCGGCCGCGCGCCUCAAGACGUCGGCCUUCCUCGACCUCGGCACGCACCCGGGCGAGGGCUGGUGGCCCUCGAACCGGCUCGUCAAGCUCUCGGCCGCGCUCGAGGGCUUUGCGCUCGCGACCGAGGACGAGCGCACGGCCCUCAUCCGCACCCUCAAGGCCAUCUCGUCCGGUGCCGCCAACGCCAAAACGGCGCCGCUCCCGUCGGGCUUCCUCAAGCACAAGGUCUUGCCCUCGCUCGUCCACACGUUCGAGUUCUCGGGCGGGACCGGCGGCGCACCGCUCCUCCUCCCCGUCAUCCUCGACCUGUCGCGCGACGGCCUCGACGACAAGACGUACGACCGCGCUGUGCUGCAGCCCGUCGUGCGCGCGUUCGCGACGCCGGACCGCGCCAUGCGCAUGGCGCUCCUCGAGCACCUCGACAAGUACGCCGACCGCCUCGCCGCAAAAGACGUCAACGAGCGCGUGUGGCCCCACUUGCAGACGGGCUUUGGCGAUGUCGUCGCCGUCAUUCGCGAGGCCACCGUCAAGUCGAUCCCGCUCAUCGCGCCCAAGCUCAACGACCGCAUCCUCAACAACGACCUCCUGCGCGUCCUUGGCAAGACGCAGACCGACGUCGAGCCGGGCAUCCGCACCAACACGUGCAUCCUCCUGUCGCGCCUGUCGCGCCACCUCCAGGCGUCGACCCAGCGCAAGGUCCUCAUCCCGGCGUUUGCGCGCGCCCUGCGCGACCCGUUCGUGCACGCGAGGAGCGCAGGCCUCAUGGCCCUCAUGGCGACGUGCGAGGUGUUUGAAAAGGAGGACCUCGCCGGCAAGGUCAUCCCGGCCAUGUCGAUCUGCCUCGUCGACCGCGAAAAGACGGUCCGCGACCAGGCGUACAAGGCGAUGGACAUGUUCGUCAAGAAGUGCGAGGCCCUGACGGCCAACGCCCGACACGGCCCUCGCGCCCGAGGCUGUCGCUCAGCAGCCGGCGCUGCAAGCCGCCGCUCAGACCCAGCCCGGGCUCGCGACGAGCGCGACGGGUGCGGCGGGUGCGCUC